CCAGUGAACUUCAUUCCUCUCUAUUACUGAUACCAGUGUCCUCUACAUUCAUUUUCCCUCGCACCACUGUCUAUGUAUACCAAUCCGAUAUAAGUAUACGCACACAAAAUCAAACGCAACAAUACCUUACUAUGUAGAACAAAGUUAGAGAUUAUCGAGGACACGUAAAUAUUUUACAAGCAACAAACUUUUGACAUUGUAAAUAAUUUUAUGUAAAUAAAGAAGUAGAUAAGUAGUUAUAAUAUCGAUAAUGACAGUUAAAGUAUUGGUAUAGAACUUCGUUCAAAGAUAUUUUUUAGGAGUUUUAUGUUUCGACAAGGUUAAGGUAAUAUUUAAUAAUAAAUUAUAUUUGUCGCAUCGUCAACGGCGCAUCGUCGCAUCAAUCGGCGACGUAAUUUAUUUCCAAUUUAAAAAUCGAAACUUUGAUGGCUUUUUCACAAUCAAAUUCGAGAGAAUUACAGAAUAGAAAAAUCUUAGAAGAAUUGCAAUUAAAAAAACAAUUGCUUUUAAAGCAAGGUGUAGCACCAACAUUGAAUACAUCAUUAGCCGUUACAUCAACAGGUUGUCCUUCUAAUUUGCCUCCUACACAGACCUCUGAUGGUGUUGUAAUGAAUGCAUCCCAAAGAGCUGCUUUACAUAAUGCACAUGCAGCAUCAUCAGGUUACUUUGUAACACAGGAUUCUUCCUUUGGCAAUCUUAUUUUACCAGUUCUUCCAAGAUUUGAUGCUAAAUAAAAAAAUUAAGUUGCAGCUUCAAA